UUGAAAUGCCAACUUCCUCAUUGGAAGUCACGAAAAAGCGGUGGGGUUUUUCCAGAAGCUGUUGAUCAUGUAAUUACCAAAGAGUUUUUUUUUCAGGUGUUGGUCAGCUUGAAAAUGUUCGGUGGACGACCGAUUGAAUGUUGGCUACCUGCUGAGUACAAAAAAAGUUGGGAGGACUACGCCGAAAUGUACUGCUGGGCUCGUAAUACUUACUUCGCCCCUUUUGAUGAUGUGAAUUUACCGAAUGUAGAGGAUCGAGGCAAGACAAUGGUUUCCUACUAUCAAUGGGUACCAUUCUUUUUGGUAAUUGUAGCUUUUAUGUUCUACUCACCUUGUCUGCUUUGGAGACUUCUUUACGACAAGUCAGGUAUCAGACUAAAGGAUAUUAUGAGUUUCGCUAACGAUAAAUCGAACGUGCAACCAGCUUCUCGUCGAGCAAACAUCAACGGCUUGGCGAUGCAUUUGGCAUCUGUCUUCAAUCAUCGAUUUCGUUUCGGAUCUGUACAUCCCUAUCAUCAUAAAAUGUUAAAGUUCUUAAAUCUUCGUUUCUACGAGGCCUAUUUAACCUAUCUCUACCUGGGAAUCAAACUACUCUUUCUCAUAAAUGUACUAGUACAGAUGUUUCUACUUAGCCAAUUUCUCGAAACGAAUUCGCAAGGUUUCUAUGGCUAUGGAAUUUUAUGGGACCUCGUCACAGGACAAGGUUGGACGGAAUCGCCAAACUUCCCUGUAGUCACAUACUGCGAUAUGGAGAUCCGGAUUCUUGGCCAAGUGCAGAGACACACCGUCCAGUGUGUACUGGUGAUCAACAUUUUUACCGAAAAGAUAUUCCUUCUGCUCUGGCUCUGGUAUACUCUGUUGGCGGUGAUAUCAUUUGGUAGCAUCAUGUCAUGGAUGCUCUCGUCGAUACCAUUCGAUCAGCGCCGAAAUCGUUUAUCGUCAUCGUUACAGUUCGUGCGUGAUUUCAUAAAAAUGGAUGGAGUUUUUGUGCUUCGGAUGAUGACAAUACAUUCGGGGGUAUUGAUUUGUACAGAAGUAGUGGACACGAUGUGGGAUCAGUUUCUUGCCGAACAAGGUGGGUCUUGGAAUUACGAUAUUUUAGCCGCCAAGGACGACUACAAAGACGACCGAUCGGCAUCGGCUGGUGCGCAUUCACUGGAUCCGCCACUGGGAAGAAAGACAUCGGUGUUGGUGCCGUUAAUGUCGAGAGAGGAUUUGACGCAGAUACCCGAUCACCUUAUGCGAUCGUUUAGUCGUACGUAG